AUGAAUAUUUUGAUUAAAGAAAUGCGUCGAUCACUAAAAGAACUAACACUUGGUCUAAAAGGUGAAUUGACUACAACUCCAGAAAUGGAAGAACUGUCCAACUCGCUUAUUAUUGACAGUGUACCAGCCCAGUGGGAGAAACGUGCCUAUCCAAGUAUGUGUCCAUUAGGCAUAUGGUAUGCUGAUAUGCUGUCUAGAGUUAAAGAAUUAGAAGCUUGGACAAAUGAUUUCGCUCUGCCUAAUACUGUCUGGCUGGGGGGUUAUUUAAUCCACAGUCAUUUUUAA